CAGAGCCUGGACCACUUGAAGCAGGCAGCGGAGUUUGUGGCACCAGCAGGAACUGGUGCAGCCCCAGCAGCUGGAGCUGCUGCGCCUGCCGCAACUACGACCGCACCACCGGCCUCAAUGCCAGCAACGCCCGCCUCCCCCAUUUUCAACACCCCGAAGCCCGAGCCGAAGAAGAUUCCCGAGGCGGCGUAUGCGAGCCUGAAAGACCUGGUGCAAUGGAAAAUGACGGAGAUCUACGAGAAGCACAACCCGGAGAAGCUGUCGAAGAUUCCCGACUUGCUGAAGAAGUACGAAGCGGACCCGAUGAAAAUCUACGCCAAGCUGUGCGACACGUACAAAGUCCCGGUGGAGGACCUGAGGCGAGAAUUGGACGACUGGCAGAAGUUAAACAGCGGCUUUCAACUGGUUUCAUCUACAACUACUACCGGGGGAGGAGGAGUUGCAAGUGGUCCUGUAGCAGCCACUGGUGGCACCGCCGCUCCUAGUGGCGGGGGCUCUUUGUUUGGCGACGUAUCGAAUAAAACGACUUCCGG